CUAUUUUUUCCUCUGGUUUUUUUUUUGUCGUUUUCUUUUCUCUUUUAAGUUACGCUCGUGACAGAAGAACAGGCAGGCUCGCCCAGCCUUGAAGUCGGUUUGUCCGUUGAUUUGUCUAACUUAUUGACGCAACAUUGAUUGGUUGAGCCCGGCUCGUGCAGCAAUGUCCUCGGUUCGGUGGUGGUGGGUCGAGUGUUAAAAUUACGCUUUAGUAGUGGUUCUGUUUCUGUGCCUGAGCGGUUCUUUUGGCGCUGCUAGACCUCCAGAUAAGUGUCGAGGAUAAGCGCCUUAUCUGACGUUGGAACACCUGGUCAGCCAGCAUGGAUUCUGGGUUGCUGAUUGGCUGGCAGCAGCAGAAGGAGGAGCUCGAGCGGGAGGUAUGCCGUCUGCAGGAGGAGCUGGCAGAGAGUCGAGCGGAGCGGGAGGAGUUGGAGUCCAGAACCCGAGCUCUGCAGGACAGGCUCCGUCAGACCAUACAUCCGUCACUUGGCCUGUCACUUGAGGAGGAGGAGGAGCAGAGGAGGUGGAAGAAGCAGCUUAGGGAGGGCAGGGAGAGAGAGGCCAGGCAGGCACUGCUGAUACAUCGGCUGCAGAACAAGGUUCUGGAGUACAGAGAUCAGUGCCAGCAUUUGGACCUGCAGUUGCAAGAUGAACGGAGGAAGACGCUCCACAUGGAGGGGGUCCGGGAUGAACAUAGCAACUCUCUGGAAAGCGCCCUCAUCAGGCUGGAGGAGGAGCAGCACAGGUCCGUAAGUCUGGCUGACACCAACUCUCUUCUGCGGGAGCAGCUCAGCCAAUCUGAGAAGUUCAACCAGGAGCUUAAGGAGGAACUCCACAGACUGACAGCUGAUUGGAUCAGAUCCACGGAGAAGGCGGAGCAAAGAGAAACUGAUUGGCAGAGAGAGAAAGAGGAUCAGCGGGGUCACGUGGGUCAGCAGCAGAACAACUGGCUGUCAGUUUGGAGAUCCGUGGUGGCUCUGAGGAGACAAUGUCACAGCGUGAAAACAGCUGCCGACAGAGACCUGUGGGAGCUCAGGGCCGAGUUUUCCCGUCUCUCCUCAACACUCCUCUCCAGCUGUGACUCUGUCUGCUCCACCCAGAGCCUGGCGGCUCUUCACAAGCCUUUGUCUUCAACUUUGCUGCCUCUUCCUUCCCCACCAUCCAGUUCUCCUCCUCUAUCCUCAACACUGAUCCUCCCUCCUCCUCCUCCAGACUCCUGCUCCACUCAGGGAUCCUUCUCCAUGGGGGAGCUAGAACUCAAAGAGGAGGAGGGAGAAGGUUCUGAGCCUAAGCUCUAUGAAAAGACUGAAGCUUUGCAGCAGAGGACUGUGGAGCUUGCUCGCUCACUGCAGGAUGAGAGAGAGGAGAAGGAGAGGGAGGUGGAAAGACAUCAAGAAACUGCAAGGAGACUCCAGUCUGUCAGUCAGGCUGUGAUCAGACUGGCCAGAGUCGUCAGCAGCAGAAGUCGGCCAGCGAGCACCUCCCCAGAAGACGUCCUGCGGGCGGAUUUGUCCUCCAUGCUGGCUGUGCUCUCACAGGCGGAAAGCGUCCUGCUGAGGAGGAGCGAGGAGCUGCAGGGGGCGGAGCUAAACCUGCGACGUCUCGGUGAGGUGAGAACCAGCUUGCAGCUGCAGGUGAAGCAGCUUCAGGACGACCACCAGCAGCUUCUGGCACGCUCACAACACACACAGCAGGAGCUCACGCACACACAGAGCGUCCUCAGCAGCGAGAAAAAGGUCUCCAGCUCCCUCCGCUUGCAGCUGGAGGAGGUGCAAAGAAGAGAGGAGGAGGUGAAGAGAGAGAACCACAGACUGAGGAGAGAGAGAGACAGAGAGGAAGAGAAGAAUCUGCAACUGGAAACAGACUCACAUCGACGGGUGGAGGCGGAGCUCCUAGAAAGUGUCCAGCUGACGGAGAGAGAACAUCUGCACCAGAUGGAGCUCCUCAGUCUGAAGGGGGCGCUGGAGAGAGAACAGCUGGACAGGCAGAAAGCAGAGGAAGAGGCAGCAGGCUCUAGGGAUGCCCUACAGCAGUGCAGGGGAAGCAUACUCCGCCUCUCAUCCUCAGAAAGCCUGCUGAGGCGGGAUCUGGAGGAGAGUCGAGAUGCUUUGAAGAAGGUUUCUGCUCUUAACUCUGCUCUGGCCUCAGACAAGAGAGCACUGAACCAGCAGCUGCUGCAGCUGGAAGGCAAACUGUCAGAGAGCCAAUCGCAGCUGCAAGCUGUGAGUUCAGAGUUCACCUGUCUGCAGAGAGACGUCAGACCUCUCAGACUGCAGAGGGAUCAGGAUGCCGACGUCAUCCGUCAGCUGAAAGAGCAGCAGGUGGAGGCUGAGAAAAACCUGGAGAGAAAGGAGAGAGAGCUUCAGCUAUUGGAGGAGGAGAGAACAAGUGGUGAACAACAGCUGGAGGAGCUUCGCUCUCAUCACGUCUCGCUGUGCCAGGAGCUGAAGGAGUUGCAGGAGGAGUUGCAACAGGCGAAACAGGAGGUUAGGAUUCUGAAUUGGCAGCAGGAGGAGCAGCAAAGGGAGAGCAGGAGCCGGCAGGAGGAGCUCCAGAAUGAGCAUAGACAGCGGGCGCAGCUGGAGGAGGAGCUGCAUGAGCUCAGGCCUCUGUCAGUGUCCCUGCAGCUGCAGCUCAGCCAGCAGCAGCAGCUCCUCUCCCAGGUCGAGGUGGACCGCUGUCAGCUGAGCACUCGCCUCCAUGCGCUGCAGGAGGCCAAGCUCACCUUACAGGGUGAAAUCAAAUGUCUGAGAGGGGAGCUGCAGAGAGAGACAGCCAGCAGAGAGAGAAGUGAGGGCGAGAAGGAGGUGCUGCAGGAAGACCUGCAGAGACUGACGGAAGAGGUGCAGGAGCUGAGGAGAAGAAAGGCAGAAAAGGAAGAGGAGAAAAAGAUGUGCCAAAGAGAACGAGAGACACUGAGGGAGGAAUUAAGGCUGAGAGACGGGGAGCUGGAAGCCCUGAAGACACGCACUGAAAGGAUGGAAGAGGAGCUGGAAGAAAAGGGACAACAGGUGGAGAGACUGAAGGAGGAGGUGACACAACGAGCUACCCAAGUCAGCUUCCUAAAUGAGAGAAUAGUUGGCUUGGAAGAGGAAAAGAAGAUUCUGCUGGAGGAGGCAAAGAGUACUGAGGUCAGACUGCUGGAGGAGGAGGCGAAAAGGAAAGACGAGGAGGUGCAAAGAGAUGGGGAGACUGAAGCUCUCUGUGACAGAAUAGAGAAAUUAGAAAGAGAGAAGGAAGAAAUAGAUAAGGAGGUGCACCAAAUGAAGAGAAAAGCACAGGAGCAAGAGGAGAGAUGGAGGUCAAAUGAUGAGGAGAGCCAGAAUGAGAUAAACAGACUAAGGGGAGAAAACUCUUCCCUCCAGGAGCACAGAAAGUCAGAGAAGCGACAAAUAGAGAAACUGCAAAAUGAAAAAAUGGAGGUGCUGGAGAGGCUACAAGAGAAAGUUGGAGAGGUGGAACUGAUGAAGGUAAAACUAAGUGUGGCUCAGGAGGAGAGUGAGGAGCUGAGGGAGGAGGUGCAGAGGAGGGAGCGCAGCCUGGAGAAACAGAUAUGUGCAGUACGAGAAAGGGAGGAGGAAAUGGAGAACCUGAGGGGGCGGCUGAGGUUGGUGAAGGAGCGGGAGGCGGAAGCAGAGAGAGAGCUCCAGGAAACUUCUGACAAACUGAAAAAAAAAGAGGCGAGGGAGGAACACCUGGAGGUGCUGCUUAGAGAAAACCGGGAACUUUUGAAGCAGGAGGAAAAAGGACGAGAAGAAAGAGAAGACAGGAUCUGCUCCUUGAUCAAACAAUUGCAGGAGGCCCAGGCUGUUAACCUGGGAGCAAAAAGAAGAAGCACAGAAAGGCAGAAGGCCCAUGACAGACUGCAGGAGGAGGUGAAGGACUGGCAGGAGCAAGCAGAACAAAGUGUGAAGGAGGUGGCAAAACUCAAAGAAAUCCUGAAGGGGAGAAAUGAGGAGGUGAACCAGCUGAAAGCAAUGCUUGAAGAAAAAGAAGAGGAGUGGAAAGAGCAGGAGGCUUUGAGUAAAACAGAGAAAGAAAGGAGGAGAAGGCUGGAAAACAAGCUGGUCGAGGUGGAGGAAGAGAACACCAGGUUAGAGAAGGAGGUGAGACUGAUGCAGGCAGUUGGAGAUAAAGAUAGGGAGGCUCUGGCAAAGGCUGGAGAGGAGUUAAAAACAUUGAAGGACAACCUGGUAAAAAGUGAAAACAAAGAGAGGGAGCUGGGAGAAACUGUGAGAAGAAUGGAAGAGGAGAAGAUGAUGCUGAGUAGCAAUUUGAGAGAGAUGGAGGACGAGAUCAAAGCAGAGAAGGAGCAGUUGUGGAGAGUAAGGAAAGAGAGGAGCAGUCUGGAGGACAAACUAAAAGAAAAAGAGAGAGAAAUAGAUGAGUGCAGGGAUUUGCUUAGAAGUCAGGAGGAAAAACUUGAGGAGGUGAAAAAGAUGGAUAGAAAAACAUUGGAGAGUGAAAGAAAUCGGUAUCUACUGUUGGAGGAAAAAGGGAAGACCAGGGUUAAAAAGCUUGAGGAGGAGAAGGAGGACCUUUUACUGCAGUUAAUGAAAAGGGAAAAAGAAGUGACAGAACUCCAAGAGGAGGUGCAGAGGCAGAGGAUCACUGCAAGCAAGGAGCUCAAUGAAAAGAAAGAGGAGGCAUUUAAUGUACAAAGGGAAUGUGAGGAGGCGCAGGAAAAGCUAAAAUCAUUGAAAAGGGAAAUGAUUUAUCUCCAAGAGGAGGUGAAACAAAAGCAAGAAGAGAAUGAGGAGGUGCAGGAAAAACUGCAAUCAUUGAAGAGGGAAAUGAUUUAUCUCCAAGAGGAGGUGAAACAAAAGCAAGAAGAGAAUGAGGAGGUGCAGGAAAAACUGCAAUCAUUGAAGAGGGAAAUGAUUUAUCUCCAGGAGGAGGUGAAACAAAAGCAAGAAGACAAUGAGGAGGUGCAGGAAAAACUCCAAUCAUUAAAAAGCGAAAUGAUUUAUCUCCAAGAGGAGGUGAAACAAAAGCAAAAAGAGAAUGAGGAGACACAGGAGAAAAUGACCGUGUUAAAGGAGGUGCACCAGAAACAUUUAAAGAAAGAGGAAGAGUGGAGAACUAACGAUAUGAUGAGCAGAAAUGACACCCAGGAGCUACAGAGGCAGAAAGAUGAGGCUCAAGAGGAGCUGCAGAGGAGCAGAAAGGAGAUCUACAUACUUAGAGAGGAGCUAGAAAAGGAACAAAGAGAAAAAAAGGACCUUCAAGAUGAGAUGAAAAAGAGGAGUGAAGAGGCUGGAUUGCUAAGACAGAAAAUAGAGGAGGAGUUCAGCAGCACCAAGAAGAGGGAGGAGACAGAAAAACAAACAAGAGAGAAGACUGAGAUAGAGUUGGCCGCUCUAAAGGAGGAGCUGCAAAGGGAACACAGGGAGAAAUUGGAGACAGUGGAGGAGCUGAAGAAGAGGAGAGAGGAUGUCACUGUGCUUGAAGGAGAGGUGAAGGAGGAGUGCAUGAAGAAGGAGGAGGUGCAGGAAGAUCUAAGAAGAGUGCAGCACAGCUUGGAGCAGAUGUCUCACAGUCUGAGCUCCCUUCAGAGUCAGGUGUCAGAGCUGAGUAUCAGCAAGGAGCGAGUAGAGGUGGAGAAGCAGCAGAUGAGAGAAGGCCUGCAGGUGGCGCUCAAGGAGAUGGACUUGCUGAAAGUUCUCCUCCAGGAAAGCCAUGCAGAAGGAGAACUGCUGAGGAGCACACUGGAGGAGAAGAAGAAGGAGAUGGGGAGGGUUCGACAGGAGAACCUGCAGAUGGAAGAGAGGCAAGAGGAGCUGGAGGAGCUGAGAGCCAGGGUCAAAGCCCUGGAGAGAAGAAGGACGGAGAUGGCAGAGGAGCUAGAUAGGGCAGAUGAGAGGAGGAGGGAGGCUGAGGAGUGGUGGAGGAGCAAAGUGAAGGAAGUAGAACGGCAGAAGGGGACGAUGCAAAGCACUCUUUACACAGAAAUACAGACGCAAGGGGAGCUACUGAAGGAGUCGAGGUCCAAGCUUCAGGACAGUUUGAGGGAGCUGGAGGAGGCGAGAAUGGAGCUUAGCCGGAACAGAGCCUUGUUGGAGGAGCAGAAAACUUUCACGAUUGCUGACAGAGAGGAUUCGGGGGAGCAGAGGAGCAGAGGCAGCCAAGAGGAAAGAGGGGAGGUGAAGCAGGAGGAGAUCAGGAGGCAGCUCCAGCAGAGGGAGGCUCAGGUGGACAGUUUGACUCUCAGAGUCCAGGAGCUGCAGGAAGACAGAAAUCAGCUCCGAUUGGCUCUGGAACAAACUGAGGCGCAGCUGAAAAACGUCGCCACCCAGGUGGAGCAGAGCACGGGGGCGGAGCCUAACCCAGGAGAGACUGUAGGGGGCAGACUGGAGGUCCUGCAGAGACUGGUGGCUGAACUGGAGCUCCAACGGACACGACUGCAGAAGAAGAACUUGAAUCUAGAAAAGCAAAAAGACAGACUGAAGAAAGACAGAGACUUUCUGAGAGACACCCUGAGACAGGUGGAGCUGGAGCGUGGGAGGCUCAGCCAGCAGCUGACAGACAGCAGAGGAUCUCAGGUGGAACAGGUGUGCGCUAAUGCCACAGAAGAAGAUCGUCUGCGCAGCAAAGUGAAGGAGCUGGAGGAGCAGGUUAGUCAGCUUCGUCUUUCUUUAGCUAUGGACCAGCAGCAGAAGGCGGAGUUUAUCCAGCAGUCAUCCAGAAACAGCCAAUGGCUGCUCUCACUAAGACGGGACCUCAAUGAUUCGCUGUCUGCUGUGACCCGUCUACCAAUCCCGUCUGUCCUGGAGUCUGAGACACAGAGGUUGGACCGCAGCCUGAGGGAGGAGGAGCUUAGGAUUUCCUUGAGUUGAUCGUGACUCUUGAGUCACAAAAGCCAAACCUGGAACUGAACUUGAAAAUGUUAAUCGUAUUUACCAUGACACAGGAGGUUCUCCCCACAGUAGAUGCACUUUCAGACUUUUCAGACUUUCAAUGCUAUGGGAUGAGGUGUUUCCUGUUGAUAGGCAACAACAUCCUGCUUUUGGACAUGAAAGGAUCCGAUCUGAAUUUGGAGUCUGUACUCACAUUCUGAAACAGUUUGCCUCAAAGUUGCCUCAGAUGAAAUCUCAGGACAAAUGUUCACUCCGACCUUUUUUACUUUAUUUAUUUGAAGAUUUUUCUGUUUUUUAAGGACACAGCCUGCUUCAGUUUUAGUUCAGGUUAGCUGUGAUCCCAUAAGAAAUUCACCAAAGAAUAAAGUUUUUAUAGAUUUCUUA